ACAGUAUGCUCCCUAAAGGGAUAACUAAAGCGAACCUGAAAUGUAAUGAGUGGCUGGCUUCCGGGAACAUUAUGAAUCGUAAAAAUGCAUCAUCGUAUAAAAGCCGUGACAAAUUCGGUGCCACUGUUUAGUGCGACAUUGAGUGUGCUCUUGACUUGAUUGAAUUCCCAUUUUCCGUUCCGAUCGUUGAGGAUGUUCGCGUCGGUGGCUGUUGUGAUAACGCUAGCUUUAUUGGUUUUAUAUUGGAUCGUUUGGCGGUUGAAAAGCUGGAAACACUACAAACUAUUAACGGAUUUAAGUGGUCCGCGUGACUAUCCCCUACUCGGUAGUGCGCAUCUGUUCUUUGGAAAGAGCACUGAGGAACAGUUUCGGUGUAUACUGGAUAUUAGUAAAACUUAUCAAUCACCAUGUCGGAUCUGGCUCGGUCCGAAGCUGUUUGUCUUCAUCGACAAUGCGGACGAUUUGCAAACCGUGCUAAACUCACCGCAUUGUCUCGAGAAGGCAGACGUGUAUCGGUUUUUCCAGUGUGAAACGGGACUGUUUUCUGCACCGGCUAACAUUUGGCGGGUACACCGUAAGCAUCUUAGUCCUUGCUUUAAUGCAAAAAUAUUGGCCAGUUUUGUGUCAAUCUUCAAUGCUAAAAGUGCCAUCUUAGUGGAUCAGCUAGUGUUGCAUGUGAACGAAGAGAAACUUUUCAACGUGUACGAGUACAUUGCCAAGUGCACAUUGGAUAUGGUUUGUGCUACAACGCUAGGUACCAACAUGAAUCUCCAGAAUGAGAAAGGGGAUGAGUACAUUGGGGCUAUUGAAAGAGCAUCAGAAUUGUUAAACCAUCGACUGUACAAGGUGUGGCUUCAUCCGGAGUGGAUCUACCGUCUAACGUCGUACUACAAAAUUCAACAAGAAUGCUAUGCAACGGCCUACAAAAUGUCGCGCGCAGUGCUUGCCUUGAAAAGUGACGAACUGGCAGAAAUUAAAAACCGUGCCGGGAUGAAAAAUUCUAAACCAAAAACGGAAAAACAAACGGAAGUCGAAUAUCGAAAGCCACAAAUUUAUAUCGAUCAGCUAUUUAGACUUGCAAAAGAAACGGGCGUUUUUGAUGAGCGUGCGAUCAGAGAUGAAAUCGAUACGAUCAUACUGGGAGGGAACGAAACGUCAGCACUAACACUGUCACACGUUGUCCUGAUGCUGGCCAUACAUCAGGAUGUGCAGCAACGGGUGUAUGAAGAGAUUGUGUCAACGCUUGGUGACUCCGUCGGCGAGGUGGAAAAUGAUCAUCUUUCCCGGCUAACGUACAUGGAAAUGGUACUGAAGGAAACUAUGCGCCUUUUCCCCGUCGGUCCAAUCAUCGCCCGCCAAUGCACGGAAGAUACGAAGAUUUCUAAGACAACUAUCCCGAGUGGUGUGACGGUAGUACUGGGGAUCUUCAACGUUCAGCGCAGUGAAGCACACUGGGGUGCGGCGGCAAAUACGUUCGAUCCGGACAAUUUCCUACCAGAGCGCAACGCACACCGACAUCCGUACUGUUUUCUUCCGUUCAGUGCAGGGCCGCGCAACUGCAUUGGCUACAAGUACGGGUUAAUGUCGAUGAAGGUAAUGCUGUGCCAUUUGCUUACGGCGUACAGGUUUACGACGGACCUCACGAUGGCACAGUUAGUGCUAAAGCUAGACAUUACGCUCAAGAUUGCCAACAAACACUUGGUUCGCAUCGUACGACGGUAGUGCAUGUAAUAGUAGAAAAACGCUUGCUGCAUCAGAUAUCGACUAAUAAGGUUUAAUUGUGGCGUAAUAAAUGGUUUUAUGCAUUUAAAAUAUUUAA